CUUUUCGAGUCCAGCGGUGUUCCUUAGCCGUAAGUCAGCUUUCUGGUUGAACUUGAACUUGCUCGUCGACGUGGCAGACUGCGCGAUUCUAGCGCCUCUGUCGUUUGUCGGUGUCAAAUCAGACACUAAAGUUGUCAGUUACGACUCUUCGUAACUGCUCACGCUCACGCCUUCCAUACGACAUUAUUUAAUAUCCACGAGGAUAUGCACGCCUUCCUGGCACGUUUUCGUUCUUCACGACCUUCAAAGAUCACUUCUACUCCUGCUCUCGAGAAAAUCGAGACUGGUGUUAAGGUUGCUACGCGCCAUGAAGAGAACGACGCGCAGACCUCACAAGACGCGUCGCCAGACUCGCCGAGCCAGAAUGUGGAGCUCGACAGCAAGAUUCAUCCCGACCUCAGUGCGCUCUUUGCAUCUGUCGAAGACGCGCUGAAUAUUGUCGAGCGUAAUGUGGAGACGCAGAAACGACCAAAGUAUAUUUACGAGGAUAACGACGACGGGACAUCGGAGAACGAACAAGAACACGAUGGCAUGCGCAAUAGGAUGCCUGAAGGAAAGUCUCCAGACGAUGGGACUAUUUUCGAGUCGUUUGGCUCUGGCCUUGGAGUGGACUGGUCGUCAUUUGGACAGGACACAGGACCACGCCCGGACGCGAUUGGGAGGACGCAUACAACCAGGGCGAUCAACAACAAUUUUUUUCCAUCAAGUGCAGAAGCCAUCCUGUCAUGGUCCCCAAAGCCAUUGGAAAGCACAGUGUCGCUCAGGCCAUCGUCAAGUAAUUCACAUUCAUCUCCCGCAUUGUCUCCAUCUCUGGAAAUACAACAGAGCACGAGGCAGAGUGGACCAUAUACCUACUCACCGUCGCCUGGGACGUUUGGGUUCCCAUCACCUGUACCGCAUACACCGACGAGCUCAACUCCGCAUCUGCCGCCGCCGGUUUUUCAUUCUACUCCGAAGACAUCUACGCCUCGAAUUCGGUCUGCACAUAAACGCAGUCCAGGAGCAAGACGACGAAGAGUUACUGGCAUUGGAGCUCCUCCAUUACCUACGGCUGCAGCUGCAGGCAGAAUGAAGAGAAUCAAAUCUGAACAACCGGUAUCGUCCAGACGGCUCGCGAAUGGACAUAUCAACGAACCUACUGGACGUUUACGAACAUUUUCACGAUCGUCGAAUAGAACUUCACAGGGACUGACACGCCGAAAGAGCGCUGAAUGGACUGCCCACGCUGCUUCUGCCGGUGUUUUUGCAGAUCCAGCACAGACGACAGAAUUUGGGUGGCCAGCUGCAGUGUCGAGGGAGAUUCUGAGGCUGUCGCUGGGUGAACAGGCUAUGUUGCCUGCACAAGACGCUCCAUCGCUGGUGAUAGCAACCGCGCCGGAGACAGCCGGUGCUAAUAAUUUACCUGACCAGACAGAUGCACGCUCGUCAAAAUUAUUGGAGUCUCAACGAGGCGUGCCACGCGUUUCCCACGAGCACAAGCACAAUGCGAGACAAUCGACCAGGCUAAUUAGGACGAGCACCUCAGGCCAGCGUCUCUCAUCUGCGCACUUGCUUUCUUCCACCCCGCCGUCCCCGUCGUAUGCGCCUGGUCGCAACGGCGAGCCAAGAUCCAUCGCCACGCAAUCGGAAACGACAGACAACGCGUCUGCGUCUGUCGCAAAUCGUAGAACCGUGAAAGCCCGAUCGCAAUCGUCGGGCAAUAACACGGUGGAUUCGAAGCCGGAUACGAAGAUGGGUGCGGCGGGUGUGGCAGUACACAAACGGUCUGAUAGCGAGAACAUGGUGGAAUGGGGAUCGCGUUCAAUGCAGGAUUUCCUAUCACCUGAGGAGAGAAACGGUGACGCUUCUGUAGCGGCUUUACGACCGAGCACUCCUAUGAAAAAAUCCGAGUCUGAGUCGACUUAUGAAACGGCCGGAUCUUCAUCUUUCUUGCAUGCACCCUCACUAUCUGUCAUCGCACCGACACCGCGUGGUUCUCCAGGACGCUCGAAAAACUCUUUGGAACUGGAAGAUGGGUUGCAGGUCCCGACCCCUCCUCCGGAAUCCGAAAAAAGCAGAGGCAAGAGGAAAGCAGAGGAAUCAGAGGACGGUAGUCCGCCGGACUUACGAGGCUCUAAGAGCAAAAAAUCAGCUCUCGCCGCUGAAGGAAAGGGAAAUCGCUCCCACAGCAAUUCCAAUGCAUCGUAUGCACCUUCCUCAUUUCAGUCUUUCCAGUCUCAAAAAAGCAGGAAACGUGUGCGGCUAUCGUCACCCAUGGCCACGCCCGCGCAUUCUCGACCUGGAUCUGCGGUUCAACCGCACUCGGGCUCCGUUUCGAGCCGAGGAAGCUCCCGUUCAGCAGUCCCAUCCUCGCACAUUCAACGCGUUGAUAGUAGAACAAAUCCACCACGACCACCAUCGCGCAUGUCGCGUGGUUCACGUACCUCUCGCGCGAUGUCGCAGGCUGUAUCUGGCGCGUCGUCGGGUGCUGGUACGGUCCCGUUCCCUAAGCGCCGCUCGCUCUCUCAAUCUUCGAUACCGCUUUCUGCGAUUGUGACGCCUCGCGCGCCGUCGAUUGACCGGCUCAGCCAAUUUCAUAUGCGCGAUCCGCAAAAGCCGCCGCCACGACGCGAUAUUGGAUGGACGCUACGUUUCGGUUCUGCAGACGACAAGGGCUCGCCGUUUAUGGCGUGGGCGUUCUGGUUUGGGUUCUUGUUCCCUUUGCUUUGGUGGUUUGCAAGCUUUUGGAGGAUCCCGAAGACGAGGAUGGUCGGAACUGACACCGAGAAGGCUGUGAUUGUUGAUGAUCCAUUUAUUGAGAGAGAGGCACAUGCCUGGCGACUGCGCUGUCGCGUUGCUUCCGUCGUCUUCUUCUUUACUUACCUGCCCGUCAUCGUCCUCCUCGCCGUCUUCGCGCCUCGCUGAUAGAUGUCCUUUCCUCGGCUCAAAAAAUUCCUCUCUCCCUUUGCUUUGUUUUCACUCUGGCGGCCGUCAAGUCAAUGAAGACCUCCCAAGUCAAACGGCUCUUGCUAAUUUUUGAUCUACUUUCUCGCUUCCUCUUGCUCUUGAUCGGGUCAUCUAAGCUAUCCUACCACAUCACAUCCCCUCACGCCGAACGGUUGUCGUUCUUUGCUUUGCUGUUGUUCUUUCUUCUCCACUAUCAUCCAAUUAUCACCCUAUCGGACAUGUCGCUCAUUUCGUGUUUUCCUUUUUUUCUUCUUGCACGUUGGUUCUCUGAAAUUUGAAUUUGAAACCCCGUGGACUUGAUACGUUAUUUAUUCUACAGUAUGCUUUAAUUUCUGCACUAUUAUUAUGCCACUUUCUGUCCUUUUUUGUCUUUCGUUUGCAUAAAGCUGUGAUCAUACGCAACCCACCGAGCGUCCAUUCAUCGUUCACCAU